UGAUCGAGAAUGUACUCUUGUCAACAUCCAGAAUUCCCUGCGCGCAUUUUGGUCACCUGAUAUAUUUCCCGCGCUUUUUCACACGUGAGUCUGUUGUUCGUGUUGGAAGAAGAGAAUCAAAAUGUCUGCACCUUCUACACCGAGAGGAAGAAAGCGCUCUAGAGGAAGCCCUCCGCCAUCUGAUGCUUCUACAACCAGUACGCGUAGUACUCGCAGCAACCGCAGGGGCUCAAGGGCAACAUCUCCAACAGCUGCUCCUGCAGUGUCACCCCCAUCUCAACGACGACGAGUAGAUGAACCGUCAUCCCCUCUCCCAUUAGCACCUACCUCACCAUCUGAGGGGCAGCCUGAUCCUGAUCAAUCUGGACUGUUCUCAUCACCUCAAACCAGAGGAGGGCUGGAGACAAGUGAAAUUGACCUUAGCUCACCUCUUAACUAUGCUACGCCAAGUUCAAGAGCUGGUGGUACCCCAGCUGGUAGUCUAGCUGGUACACCAAUCCGACAUCGCAGUGAUAUUCGCAGUGACAGGCGAUUGCGUCAAGUUAAUCUGGGAGAAAAUCAACCACCAUCUGAUACCACUGAUCAGCCAACUGGACCUACUAGUGAUGUUGCCACAGCUCCUGCAUUGGUCAUCUGGGGAACAGAUGUUGUUGUGAGUGACACUAAGGAGAAAUUCAGAAAAUUUGUCUGUGACUUUGUUGACGAAGAUGCUGAGGAUAUGGGCGAGGGAUUUGAUCCCCUUUUGCCAGUCUACUUGCAACGCCUUGAUGAGAUCCACGUAUUGGAGACACCUUUCUUGAACAUUGAUUGUGGUCAUCUGAAGACAUUUGAUGCUGAUUUAUACAGGCAAUUGAUCUGUUAUCCACAAGAAGUGAUUCCUACCUUUGAUAUGGCUGUGAAUGAGGUGUUCUUUGAAAAAUACCCUGAUGCCCAGUUGCAACAUCAAAUCCAGGUCAGAACUUUUAAUGUUGACAAAACCAAGAAUAUGAGGUCACUUAACCCUGAAGACAUUGAUACGCUGAUUACAAUCAGUGGAAUGGUGAUAAGGACAUCUCAGGUUAUACCAGAGAUGAGGGAAGAUGACAUGCCCCCAGGACAGACUCCACAUACUAUCAUGUUGUUCUCCCACAAUGACCUGGUGGAUGCAGUACAGCCUGGAGACAGGGUCACAGUGACAGGAAUUUACCGAGCCACCCCUAUGCGUGUGAAUCCACGUCAAAGAAAUGUGAAAGCUGUUUACAAGACAUACAUUGAUGUGAUCCAUUUCAAGAAAACAGACAAGAAAAGGCUUUAUUCUAAAGACCCUGAUGGAGUUGUUACAUUUUCACAAGAGAGAGUAGAGCAAUUACAGCAGUUGUCCAAACAACCUGAUAUUUAUGAGAGACUUGCCAAGGCCCUUGCCCCAAGCAUUUAUGAAAAUGAAGAUAUCAAAAAGGGAAUUCUCUGUCAGUUGUUUGGAGGAGCAAACAAAGAUUUUGCUGACACUGGGAGAGGAAAGUUCAGAUCAGAGGUCAACAUUCUCCUUUGUGGCGAUCCUGGAACAAGCAAGUCUCAGUUGUUACAGUAUGUGCAUAACCUUGUUCCUCGUGGUCAGUACACUUCUGGGAAGGGUUCUUCAGCUGUGGGUUUGACUGCGUAUGUCACAAGAGACCCAGAGACAAGACAACUGGUACUACAGACGGGUGCUCUAGUGUUGAGUGACAACGGCAUCUGCUGUAUUGAUGAGUUUGACAAGAUGAAUGACAGCACCAGAGCUGUCCUUCAUGAAGUCAUGGAACAACAAACUUUGUCAAUAGCUAAGGCUGGCAUCAUAUGUCAGUUGAAUGCGAGGACAUCAAUCCUGGCUGCUGCUAAUCCAGUGAAAUCACAGUGGGAUCCCAAGAUGACAACAGUUGAAAACAUUCAGCUACCUCAUACUCUCCUGUCAAGAUUUGAUCUGAUCUUCCUGAUGCUUGAUCCUCAAGAUGAGUUGUAUGAUCGUCGACUGGCCACUCACCUGGUGUCCCUGUACCAUCAGACACAGGAGGAGGAGGAGGAAGAAUACCUUGACAUGAGUAUACUUAAAGACUACAUAGCAUAUGCUCGCUCCUAUGUGAAUCCCAAACUGAGUGAGGAAGCAGCUCAAUACCUCAUCCAGGCUUAUGUGGAGAUGCGUCAGGUUGGUAGCAGUCGUGGUGCAGUAACUGCUUAUCCUCGUCAGCUGGAGUCACUGAUUCGCCUUGCUGAAGCUCACGCCAGGAUGAGGCUUUCAUCCAAAGUUGAAAAUGUUGAUGUGGAAGAAGCCAGAAGACUGCACCGUGAAGCUUUGAAACAGUCUGCCACUGACCCCAAGACAGGGCUGAUAGAUGUCAACAUUCUUACAACUGGCUUGAGUGUGUCUGACAGGAAACGACGCCUUGAAAUUGCAAAGACUCUGAAAGAAUUGUUACAGAGCAAAGGCAAAACACCCACGGUCAAAUAUCAGCAGACUUAUGAGGAAUUGAGGGAAGCUUCUGAUUUGCCAAUAUCCCGAGAACAAUUUGAUGAUGCACUGAAGAUCUUGCGAGAUGAAGAUUUCCUAAUUGUCACUGGAAGAACUGCCAUUCGUUUGAUGUAAUACAAACUCUUUUAUUCCUGUUGGUUUCAAAAUGCUUUGAAAACAGAAUGUAAAUGUAUAUAUUAAAUUUGUUAUGCAUUGUUUUGUGAAAGAAAAUAGCAGGAGUUGCAUUGUUUUAUAUGGCAUGCCAUAGCAUUAUGUCACUUGAAAGAACGUAUCUCCUGUGAAAUACAUGAGGGCUCCUUAAAUUGCUGCUUUAACAAACUAAUUACUGUAUCUAAGCCUCUUGUAUGAGGGAUAUUUAGAAAAGUACUCUCAUUGUGAAUUUAUGUCACUUGUUUCUUGACAGAUAAAAACUCCACUUUUCAAACCAGAA